GCUCUGCUCCCCCACCAUCGUGUGCUGGCGGGCCGGGACAUGGACACGAGCAGUUAUUUUAAACCAAGCAGUGAGCAAGGUGACGGCGGUGCUGACGUGGGGACGGGGACAGGGUGGCAUUUGGGGAUGUUGCAAGCAGUGGUGUGCGUUGCUGGGCGGUUUCAGGGCACGUAAGCUGGCGACUUCCUGAGCUGCGAGUGCCGACUUCCUGAGCGGGCACAGCCAGGGCGGAGGUAGGAGGAAUUUUUCUUUAAUAGAUAGAUAAACUUCGCUUUAAUCAAUCGCUUCUGCCUUUCUCCUCCUCCAGUCCCAAGCUGGGAGAUGCCAGGGCCACAGCCCAGCAGCCACAAUGCACUCCUGGGCUGCUGCAUGCAUGGCAGUCCGGCAACAUGGGUACAGCUGGUGUAAAUAGAUGCUGGUAGUAUUGUCCCAAAGGGUGGGGUUAGGAUGCUGUGGGCUGGGGGACCAGGGGUAGGUGGGCAGAGAUGGAACCUCCAACCCCAGGCAGCAUCACUGCUGGGUGCUGAGAUGCCAUUCCAUCCUCAAAGGGAGAGCAGAAAAGGGGUGCGGACAUGCAGACAGCAAAGUGGGGGCUGCAGGAAUCAAUGUGUUGGCAGGGCAGCCUCUGGCACACACAGAGCCCUCAGGGCGUUGGUACCCAUGUGCUCCAUGCACAGGAUAAGGCCACACCAAAUCACAGCCAUGUGCUGUGUCCUCACCAUGCCCCUUCCAGCCCCCACCGCUGGGUGCGCACCCCAGCCCAAGGAUCCGGUGUCCCCAUCACAGCAGAUGCCCAGCCCGGCACCCGACGGGGUUGGGCUGGAGGCUGCACAAAGGGGCACCCUCAGUAAAUCAAUCCUGCAUGGAAAGACCCCCGGUUGGGUGGGGGCACUGGGGAUUCUGCGGAGCUGCAGCCAGCCUGAAGGUUUCACUGCCAGGGAUGCAGGCAUGGCCCUCCCCGCCCUCCUCCUCCUCCUCCUCCUCCUCCUUCUCCUCCUCCUCCCGGGGAGGAGGGCGGCAGUACCCGCAGCUGGCGCUGCAGCGGGUGAAGCGGCUGCCGGGGGAGUCUGAUUUCCAACGCCGUGUAUUAAUAACCCCCACCCGCCCCAUGCUAAGCCCAUGUGCAGCGCAGUGCAGGGGGCACCGGGCUCCGGGAGAGCAAGGGACCUGAUGGCAGAGCCAGAACCUCCUCCAGAACCGCUGCCAGAUGAAGCAGGAGCGGCCCCAGUCCCACACCCCAGGGCUCCGUGCAGCCCAACAGACCCAGCGCUGGGCCUGGGGGCUGCUCCUGCUCCGGGUGCCUGCGGGGAGCUGCAGGAAGGUGUUGGGGACACGGCCUUGAACCUCACCAUGCUGGGGACACUGCUGGGCGAGGAGACGGCCGGGACAGGGGCACUGCUGGGGAUGGAUGGAGCAGAAAUCCCACUGGAUGCAGAAACAGAUGAACAGAUCCUUCUGGAUGUGGAUGCUGGUGGGACAGGGAUCCCACUGAAUAUGGAUGGGGCAGGAAUCCCAUUGGAUGCAGAAGAUGAAGCAGGGAUCCCUCUGGAUGUGGAUGCUGGCAGAACAGGGACGCUUCUGGAUGCUGAUGGAGCAGGACUCCCACUGGAUGUGGAGGCGGAAGGGUUAGGGAUCCUGCUGGAUAUGGAUGCCGCCGUGGCGGGACUCCUGCUGGAUAUGGAUGGGGCAGGAAUCCCACUGCACAUGGAUGGGGCAGAGAUCCCACUGGAUGCAGCCAGGGCAGGGAUCCCAUCGGCCAUGGACACCGACGGGGCAGGAAUCCCGCCAGGCGCAGCGGGGAUCGGGGUCCCGCAGGACAUGGACGCGGAGGGGGCGGGCACCCCGCAGGCCGCAGAGGGCACGGAGCGGCCGUGCCUCAGCCUGGAGGAGCUGGGCGAGUAUUUCCAGGAGUGCAUCGAGGCGGUGGAGCAGCUGGAGAAGGAGCGCGACGCGCUGAUCGAGGAGCUGACGCAGCUGCGCGAGCCGGCGCUGCAGGACAUCCGCCAUGCCCACCAGGAGAUCCAGGCCGCCUGCCGGCUGCUGGCCAAGGUGGAGCUGGAGAGGGACAACCUGAGGGACGAGAUCCGUCAGAUCAAGCAGAAGCUCUUCAAGGUGACCAAGGAGUGCGUGGCCUGCCAGUACCAGCUGGAGAGCCGCCGCCACGACCUCUCGCAGCACGCGGCGUAUCGGGACGAGCUGGAGAACCAGGCCGGGCGGCUGUCGGGAGAGCUGAGCCGCCUGCGGGAGAGCUGCGAGAAGGAGAAGGAGGCCCUGAGGCAGCGCCUGGAGGCCCCGCCGUGCCGCCAGGACCCGCAGUACCUGCAGGAGAGCCGGCGGCUGUCGGCCGAGUUCGAGAGCUUGGUGACGCGGAGCCGCCGCGGCCUGGAGGAGCACUACGAACCGCAGCUGCUGCGGCUGCUGGAGAGGCGCGAGGCGGGGACACGGGCACUGCAGGAGCUGCAGGGAGAGGUGCAGGGCAUGAAGGAGGCCCUGCGGCCCUUGCAGGGCGAGGUGAGCCGGCUGCGGCUGCAGAACCGGAGUCUGGAGGAGCAGAUCGUGCUCGUCAAGCAGAAGCGCGACGAGGAGGUCGGGCAGUACCGGGAGCAGGUGGAGGAGCUGGAGGACAGGCUGAAGGAGCUGAAGAACAGCGUCCAGCUCCAGCAGCGCAAGAACCAGGAGCUGGAGGAGCUGCGGAGCAGCCUGCACCACGAGCUGUCCAUCUACAAGGGCUGCUUAGAAAUCUACGGCCACCUUUGCAAAUCUGAAGAAAAACCAGACCAGGAAUGUUAGAGAUGAGAUUUCCUCCUCACCAAAGGGCGGUGCUGGAACCUGCAGGGUCGGCUCCUCUCGCUGCCCGAAGUCAGAGCACCCCUCUGCUGUGGAUCUUCUACUAAUCUGCUUCUCCACAAGCGAGCAGAGAAAAUGGUACUUGCACUGAACGGACAUGGCUGAAGAAUCACACGUGUAUGUUUUGCUGUGUUUGGAAAAUGUAUCGCGUCCUGUUCCAUAGGUAGAGCAUAUAAGCCUGCACAGAAAGGACUUAUGGGGCUGAAUGCUGAAGUUUACGUACAGAAGUGUUUCCUUUUGUAGCUCAGUGGUGUCUGCUGUAUUGCGAUGCGCUCCAUGGACGGCCACAGAAACUGAAGUCUGUGGAUAAAAGGUUUCCACUUUAUAGUCUCACACUGAAAAUAAAGGUCAGAGUUUAAGGAUCUUUUUAUUUCUCAAAGCUGUGUGUCAAAGAAAAAUAAGCUUGUGUGUCAAAGUGAGGGGCUUGAAAGGCACCCAAAUAUUCACGCUUAACAAAACAUGGAGAAUAAAAAAAACAAAUCACCACCCACGUUGUUCUGUGUAAGGGCUGAAGGCAGACCCAAAAUUGAGGCAGCAGCACACAGCAGGAGGAAGGCACACUCCACUGCAUCCCUGACUGCUCUGAGCUGUUCAGUACUCAUUUCACAGAGCAAGCAGCAGAAACAAGAGGAGGCAGCCUGCAGAAGCAUGCACUGCAGACCCAAAGUAUAUUCCAGCACCCACACCCUCACAGCACCCAGAGACUCCUCGUUCUCCUCCCUUUCCUUGCUUUCCCAAGGGAUACAAUUUACCCUCAUGAAAACAGUCAAUGCAGAAGGAAAACACCAGCACAAAAUCACACAGCCAUGCAGCACAUACGUAGAAAAAAUUUAUUCCAUCUGAAGCACUUACACGCAGUUAGUCAUGAGGAACAUGAGGAGUAACGGGUCGCUGGUGGAAGAUGGGCAGGAAGUAGUGGUCAAGGACUGACUCCCACAAAGGCAGUUUGCCCACGUCUCAUUUGCUUUAUUUGCACCAGCUACCACUGCUGUAGGUCACCGGGCUGUGCCAUCUGUGGUACAUCGCUGGUAAAACAGACACCUUUACAACUUUGUGGCCCCAAAGUUUUAAAAACCAUUUCACAGAAAGGAAAGAAAUAUAUGUGAAAACACAGCUCAAGAAACACACAAUAGAACAAGAUGCAUGGAAGGUGAGUGAUGCUCUGCAGGAACAGCUGAUGUAUCCAAACCACUGUCAUCCAGGGGAUGGAAGGAAAGGGGAAGGACAGAAGGAAGAACUGAAAAACCCACAAUUACCAGCAAAGACAAAAGAAAGUAUAGGAAGAAAUACAAUUUCAGAAUCUGCAAGUCUCUUUAUGUAUCUGCAGAGGCAGAUAAAGCCACGCAGGUACAGAUUAACUAAAAGAAUCCCAACACUUCUGAACUGUACUGAAGAGGACAAGAUGUUCCCCGCUCAUUUCUGAACUACCAGUGGAUUAACACUUGCACCAUCUCUGCUGGCUCAAGUGCCCUCUGGCAGCUCUGCUGAUUUAACUUUUGUUUAAAUUAGGCAAAAGCCCGCAGCUGUAGCAAGCUAAAGACAGAAAACAGUAACAAAAAAUUUGUUCUGCAUGAGGAAGGCAGCUAAAAUGGGACGGCUCUGCACACAAGAGGUUGCUGUGGGAAAUCUGACUGAGGAGCUGCAGCACAGCACCAGCUGAGUUGGACUAAAAGCCCUUUUCUUAGGGAGUUCUGCCCGGGGUAAAAAGCACUGCUGAUGGUUUCUACAGAAAGAUGGCUGAACACAAAGUCCACGUGUGUCUCAAAACCAGUGUUAAGUCAAUAUCAGGGCUGAGAGGG